AUCGAACACCUAUCACUUACCCUUCUUCCUCUUCUCAACGUGUCCACACCACGAACAUCCCCUCAACUCCCACGUGUCAUCACCUGCUCCCACCUCGCCUUCUUCUUCCUCACUUCUCUCUCUCCUCCAGCCCUGCAAAUCCUCUCAUUUCUCUCUCCUCCAUUACAACCACAAAAACAACAUCAAACUGUAAAAAAAAAAAACCCAAACAAACAAAUGCGAAAAUGACCCGCCAAAAAUUACCCCUUUUCACUCACCAUGCCAUCAAAUUCUUCUCUUCCAAACAUACCCACCUCGACAAUGUGGGUCCCCUCUCAUCCCGGCUCAAAUCCCGGUCCGUUAUCCGGUUCGCCGGUCCAGACUCGGUUAAAUUUCUGCAGGGUCUUCUCACCAACGAUGUUCGCCAAUUCGGCGAAUCUGUUCACGAGAAAGUCUCGAAUUUAGCGACGUCGAAUUUGCCGACGGUCGGAACGCCGCCGGUUUACGCUGCUAUGCUUAACGCGCAAGGCCGGUUUUUGUACGAUUUUUUCCUGUACAGGCCUCCCAGGCCCGACGAGAAGCUCGAUCGGACCGGGUCUGGGCCCGGCCCGACGACGGAUGAGGUGGAGUUGUUUGCGGAUGUUGAUGGGUCGAUGGUGGAUGAGCUAAUUGACACCCUUAAGAGAUACCGAUUGAGGUCUAAGGUUGACAUUGAGCACACGGGAGAUAAAUUCUGUUGUUGGCAGCGGUAUGGUGGAAUUGUGUCAGAUAAAUCUUCAUCUGCUCAAGAGCCAGAGGUUGCUGGUGUAGGUUGGGGUGGGAGUAUUGACAGCUCAUCUAUGUCUUCUUCACAAGGUGGUGAAUGCGGGUGGCAGUGGUUCAGGGAUCCUAGGUUGGAUUGUCUUGGCUUUCGAGGGAUAUUCCCCUCUGGGACCCCACCUCCAUUGGUUGAGGCUGACAAAGAAGUUGCUGAAGAAAGCUAUCUAUUAUGGAGAUUAGAGAAAGGGGUUGCAGAAGGUCCCAUCGAGAUCCCAAAAGAUGAGGCCAUUCCUCUAGAAUAUAAUCUUGCGGGUUUAAAUGCAAUAAGUUUUGAUAAAGGGUGCUAUGUGGGACAAGAAUUGAUUGCUCGAACCCACCAUCGGGGUGUCAUUCGAAAACGUGUACUUCCUUUGAAAUUUGUUGACGAUAAUGGCAAAGAACUGGAGCAGAAAGUUGCUCCCGGGUCGAUAGUUGUAGACGCAUCAUCAAGCAAGAAGGUUGGAACAGUGACUACUGCACUUGGUUCUCGUGGACUUGGUCUUUUGCGUUUGGAGGAAGCCUUUAAAGGAUCCAGUGCACUUGCUAUACAGGGAAGUGAGGAUGUUAAAGUCGUUGCCAUUAAACCCGAAUGGUGGCCUGCUGAGUGGUUCCUGUGAAUGAUCAGGAUUGAGCUGAUACUGCUUGACCGUCAUGGAUUUCUUUUAAGAGAAGUUUUGCAGCUUCAGUCUGUAGGGCUUAGACGGUUAGACGAAUUUUCGUAGUUGAAUAAAGAGGCUGUUUUUGACCCAUUGUUUCAUCUUUGAAGAUUUCAUAUAGCAUUUAGGAGAAUACAGAGUCAAGAUACACCUCCGGCUAACAUAAUGUAGUCUAAGAGCUUUAUCUAAUAAUACCAUAAAAGGAUAUGUUGAACCUGGGAGGAUAAUUGAUAAAAAUCUUAUGAAUUUGAAAUAUUUUCCUGA